CACCCGCUCAGGGAUUCACUCGUCUUUCAUUCAAUUUCUCUCUCUCCUUAGGUACCUUGCGCUACCUCUACCCUCUCUCUACCUACCUACCUACACCUUUAUCUACCUAGCGUGUAUGUGCCUCUAGGUCAACGAACUCUAGAGGUAAUCACCAGCAAGCUUGCGACGCAAUGCGGUGGUUAACUCUGGCGGUGGCUGCUGCCACCAUUGUGACUCAGGUCACGGCAAAAGCUGUAUUUGCCCACUUCAUGGUUGGCAAUACGGAGAACUACACAACGAGUGACUGGCAAGAGGACAUGCUUCUAGCCAAGAAGGCACACAUCGACGCCUUUGCUUUGAACAUGGCCCAUGGUGACCCGGUCAACGAGCAGUCACUCCCAGCCGCAUUUUCCGCCGCCGCAAGCGUGGGCAUGCAACUUUUCUUCUCAUUUGACUACGCCGGCAACGGGUUCUGGCCCAAGGAAACGGUGAUCAAGUACAUUACGACCUAUGCUUCGAGCAGCGCCUACUAUCAUCACCACGGCAAGCCUUUUGUGUCGACUUUUGAAGGUCCCGAACAUGCCACUGAUUGGAUCGACAUCAAGAGCCAGACAUCCUGCUUCUUCAUGCCUGACUGGUCUUCUUUGGGGGCCAUGAAAGCAAUGGCUGCAGGAGACGGGGUCGCUGACGGGCUCUUCUCUUGGGCGGCAUGGGCCUGGGGAGACUGGGACAUGUACACGUACACGGAUGCCUCGUACGCCCAAUAUCUGAACGGAAAGCCGUACAUGAUGCCGAUUUCACCCUGGUUCUACACCAAUCUACCUGGGUACAACAAGAAUUGGCUCUGGCGCGGUGACCGAGCGUGGGGUGACCGUUGGAUCCAGGCGCAGUGGUGGCAGCCAGAGUUCGUUCAGAUCAUUUCCUGGAACGAUUACGGGGAGUCUCACUACAUCGCUCCGGUUAGAGAACACGCCAUGGCAGCUUUCGACAUUGGCAGGGCUCCAUACAACUACGGAUCGCUGCCUCACGACGCCUGGCGUGAUAUCCUACCGUUUGUAAUCGACAUGUACAAGAACAAUGUGUCCAGGCUUGAUCAUGAGCAAGCCGUGGCCUGGUACAUGUUGGUUGAUCCGGCGAAUUGUGACCACAACGGAACAGUCGCCAAUACCGCCUCCCAACUGCAGGUCGAAUUCGAACCUGAAGAGGUACUGGACCACAAGAUACAUUUCAUUGCCCUGCUGAAAGGCCCGCCAGAAGUGGUCACCUGCAACGUUGGCGGUACGAUCAGGGCUGGUACGGUCUACCAGGGUCCCGACGGCGACGGGGCCGGCAUGUAUCUCGGUGAGUGCGAGAUUGCCAGUGGCGGCCCAGUCAAGAUCAUCAUCUAUGGCACAUCCGGUGACCCGGUCCUGACUAUCUACGGUGCCCAAAUUCAUGAUGAAUGCCAUCUUUGGAACGGAUUCACAAAUUACAAUGCCUAUGUGGUGGGUGCGAUAGCCCCUUCGCCCAUCGAGGGUCAAGUGGCAGAUAUCAGUCAGGCUGUCUGUGUCAACGGAACCGGCAUGCAUGUUGUCAAAGAUCUCUGCGAAUUUACCUGCUCAUUGGGAUACUGCCCCAAUACUGCCUGUGUGUGCACACGGCUGGGCAAGCCCCCUACUCUACCCAAGGCCACAGGCGUCCAAGGAUACCCCAGGGGAGACUUAGACGAGAGUGUCUCGGGGCUUUGUUCCUUUGCCUGCAACUAUGGCAAUUGCUCUGACUUUCACCAAUACUGCCUCACGACGAAAGAUCCACUUAUAGUUCGGCCGCAGUCCCUUUUCGAACCGCUAUAUUGCACCGCCGGCACGUCCCAGCCAGGACAAGAAUACUUUGAAGAACUUUGCGACUUUACCUGCCGCCAUGGGUACUGCCCGCUCAGGGUCUGUAUCUGCAGCAUCGGCUGGGGGUUCGCCAACAUCCUCGACCCCAACACAACAUCCAUGGCCAACAUGAAGCCUCUACCUAGCCUUCUUGACUAUGGCCUCUGUAGCUUUGCCUGCCAGCGUGGUUACUGCCCAGGCGACGUGUGUUUCGAGGAUGGCGUGUUCGACUAUUCGGGCUAUGGCGAGUUCUACGACCCGAUUGAGGACCUGUACAUGGAUAUGGAGCCCAUAGAGGAGCUAAGCUGCGAUCCCUCCGAGGCGCCCCAAACGCUGGACGAUCUUGUUAAUGCGGCCGACACUCAGUCAAUUCCUUCCUUCUGCUGGAAUCAAUGGGCACUUAAUAUCUUGAUUGGUACCCUCCUAGGCCUCAAAGACGAAUAUGAGCAGAGCACUAAGGGGUAUGAUCAUUUGUUUGACACUUAUCAAGACUGGAUCAAGAAGAGCGUUAGCCCACAGUUGCGAACUUUCGCCUCUCCAGGAAGUCGUUAUUCGCCUGGACUCAAGUACUUCGACUGUGUUCUAACAUAUGAAGGGCAUAAGCAUGAGAAGAAGGCUUGUGAACAUGUUGGCUUGGAUAUCUUACCGUCAGACGAUUGGGAUGUUACAUUUACCUUGCGUAACGAAACGGGCUUUUAUGCUGAGGUCUUGGACAAACUCGGAAUAGCGAAGGAAUGGAUUACUUUCGGCGAUGUUAAACUUCCUCGUGCGUGCAAGGAUUUUGGUGGUGACGAUGGAGCCCACGUCGGUGGCCAGGGUAAAAAUAGCGGAUGUCGGCCAGCUCGCCAGACGUUGACCAACUUCCCUAUAGCUAUCGACACCAAGGACAUCUCAGUGCCGAACCCAAAAGUGGUGCUAGAGGCGGCCUUGGCAAACAUGACAGCCCUUGUGGACAGUUUGGUAGUCGCGUUCUCCCUGGUGGCAACCGGCACCAAUGAAGUUGAUAGCGGAGAUAUUGUCACUGCGGCCAGCAUGCCCAUAUUCAUGCUACAACAAGCUAUCGACAACAUGAACGAGAUCAAGAAGAUGGGAGCUCACAUUAUCGAAGAAAACAAGAAGAAACUCAUCUUGCUCAUCCUGGGUAUCGUCUUGAUGGUCAUUCCCGUCAUCGGCGAGGCUGGUGGGGCCUUGUUCGGCGGGAUUGCCAUGGUCUCACGCAUCGUUGCUCUUAUAGACAUUGCGGGCAACGUGGGCUUGACCGCCUACGACAUAGUCGAGGACCCAGCAUCGGCACCCUUUGCCAUUAUGGGUAUGCUGGUGGGAUUCGCAGGAGGUGGAAGGUCAGAGAAGUCUUUGGCCGAGGCUGGCAAGGCACGGAAGGCCAUGCCUCCCUCUAGCGUUGCAAAACUUGGUGACAUCUUUGUCGAGAAUGACAGAAAGGUUCAGAAAAUCAUCAAUGCCUGUAGAAGUAAAAGAUGAGAGAUAGCACCUGCGGAGUAGGGGAAACGGCAAAAGGAAACAUGACGAAAGAAGGGCAGCUUAGGGAGAAAUAGGUACUCAUGUGAAAUAGACGUGACAGGAGUCGCUCAUCAAG